ACAUCACGACGUGCCGCUCGCGCCUCGCGGUCGUUGGAUUUACACACGCACUCAUUCUACUGUUCUGCCACCCUCGCUGGCCGUCGCGCUUCCGCGAUUCGCGCGUCGACGUCCGGGAAGUGAUCCGUCAGUGGUUCACCAUCCGACGCGAGAAACCGUCCGCGAGGCCUUUCCGGAUUUUUCUUUUUUUCCCUUUGACGGGGUGAGUUCCGCGAGGCAUUGAGUGGCGACUUCGAAACUCCUCGAACAGUGCGUGUGUUCGCGCGACGACGACGAUCACGACGACGACGACGACGACAACCAUCACCGACCACGACAGUGAUAGUGACGUCGACGACGACGCUCGCGUCUGCUCCUCGAGGACGCGGUGUCGCGUUUGGACGGUGUUCCGAUCGACUCGUUAGAAUGUGGAUCGCGUCGCGGCCACGGACGAAGAGCGAUUGACGCGCGCGAUUUGUUCGCCAGAACCCACCGGAGACCCGGCGAGGAGCGCAUCGGCGAACGCUCGUUCCCGCGAUCGAUGGCGCGAAUCGAAGUGACCGAUCGCGACGCGAUGACGGCAUGAAAGUGCGCGCAUUCGUUCUCGGGACCAGCUUGUGAUCCGGAUCGCGUCCACGACGGACGGCGAUCUGUCGUGAGGCUCGCGGUAUCCUCGCGAACGGCCGCGACGGAGACGCGGGCCGGAAGUGACUGCACCGUACGUGUCACCGCCACUGCGGCGAACGGCCCGUAAAAGUGCGCGUAUAACUCGAGGGGCCGGUAUUCUUACCCGCGGGUCUAUUGUGCGGCGAGGAAGGCUCACGGGGGAUCUCGCUCUCGGAUUCGGCAGGAUUGAGGUGCAUUUUGCGGCGAUCCGGAUGCGUUUUUGCGGCACGCGCUGCGGACGCGGAAGCGCUACCUCGUCCAGGUGUUUCGGAAAGUGUAGUUGCGAGAUCCGUAUUUCGAAAAAGAUGCGCGUCUAAGAGUAGGACGCGAGUAUUUUGCGAUCAUCAUGAGGAUACUCUGGUUUCUGGUGGGCAUUUUACUGGAGAUACACUUGUACUUCACAGUGAGCCAGGCUAAGCAUCAGCAGAACUCAAGUGCCAAUAAUGUAAUCGGCCCAUUGAAUGUCCCGGAGGGUAAAAAUGAAGAUGUUCUUGAAGGGCCAAUUGGAGAGGUGCUUGCUCAAAGUGGUAGCAUGGCAAUUCUGCCGUGCAAAAUUACCGACCCUGGAGCUGGAACCAUCACAUGGGUGAGACGAAGAGACAGACAAUUGUUAACGGUUGGCACCACCACGCACUCAAUUGAUAAGAGAUUCUUCGUCAGGCACUCAAGCACUGAUUGGGCACUCAUGAUACGCACCGUAACAGUGGACGAUGCCGGCAUAUACGAAUGUCAGGUGACAUCGCAUCCUGUGCAACGAAACUUCGCCCGUUUAAAAAUCACGGAGGCGUAUUCGAUAAUACCAGGUGCGCCUGAUUUACAUGUGAAGCAAGGCUCAAGUCUCCGUUUGGAAUGCCAACUGAUGGCGGCUACGGAAAAGCCCCUUUACGUCUUCUGGUAUCGUCAGGGCCGCAUGAUAAAUUACGACGAGGAGCCUGGCGUCGACGUCAAGCUCACGCCGAGCGGCUCCAUCUUGACGGUGAACAAAACGAAACUUACGCACAAUGGUAACUAUACGUGCGUACCUAGCAACGCAAAGGCGGCCGCCGUCGUGGUCCACGUGAUCGAAGAGGAGGAGAAGCCGGCGGCGAUGCACGGGGGCGACAGAAGGAACCUCAGCCCGGCAAUUUUGGCGAGCAACUUUCUGGUGUCCCUCUUAGCGGCCGUCAGCUGGAGGAUACCGAGUUUCACGAGCCUUUACCCAACGUGAAUUACCGCCGCGCCGGCGGCAUCCUUCGGCCCGUGUCCCUCCGCGUCACAACGGAGCCCGCUCUGAGGAAACGAGUUCCUUGGCAUCGUCCUGCUGCUGCUGCUGCUACUUGGCGCGGCACGAUUCCGCCGUUCGUUCCGCCCCGAGAAGAAACUCCAGUGUCGGGAACUCCAGUGCACGUGGUACCCCGAAUACCGGCUGCCACCUCGGUUUUACCUUACGUGUGUUUCUCUUGCGUCAUACUAAAUAAACGCGGGUUCAGUGCGGUGCGCGUUCGGCGUGUCCGUCUGACAGUGUCCUGUGGCUCAAGGGUAGAGAGUCGCCAGCGGGCACCCUCGUCUCGGCGCAUCUGUGUGAAGCGCCCACUUCGACCCCUCGCUCCUCUUACCUACUACCUUGGCCGGUGCUCGCGUGAGUGCCCCGUAAAUGUGCUUGGCCGGACGAUACUCCGUUUUGGCAUCGAGCUGACGGUUUACGUAGGAUACGUUUUACUCUUAAAAACUUCCGCGUAAUCUUCGCGUUUGUUCGCGUGCGUACGGUUACUCAGAGAUCCUAUUCGUGUCUCACGGUUCCGCACGAUGGGAACGGGAGACAAAGAUUUCAAUGUGUUCAGAUAUGUAAAUGCAAUUUCUUUCGUCGCGCCGGUAGAUCUUCCCGUAACAAUAAGUCGGACGACGAUGCUGUUCAGAGGAAACCUCAGAACUAAGAUUAAUUCAUGAUUUCGGCCAACUGUAAAGAUACAUAUCGGGAGUACGAAAUUAAAUCCUUUUAACGCGGGAACAGUGUUGCGCUGCCAUAUAUUUAUCGCGUGGGUACACGUUUCUACUUAAAAACUACGCGAUAAUGAUAUUUUUUUAAUAAUAUUUCCCCUCCGUCGUUUUUCCCCACUAUUUUCCUUGCGCUCAAGUGUAACCGUCGUGACCAGAGUCACCAGUUACUUCAGAUGUAACCACGCGAAUCGCAACAAAACCGGAGGAUUAUGGAACUAUGGUACUAAGAUACGUUUUAAGAUACGCGUUGGCGGAAAAUUCGCGUAAGCGGAAGGGAAUUCCCGAUUUGUUUGCACAGGAAACUCAGCUUCCCGUGGAAAACCCGUUUCCUCGAUGGAAGCCUUUCCGCUCGGUACGCGGCUCGUCGAUAUCCUUCAGUGUGUGUGUGGUCGGCGAGUCAGUUUCUUCGUACGUACAUUCUACAUAUACAUACACAUAUAUACGUAUAUAUUCGUUAUGUACACAAAAAAUACAAUAUGUGUAUAUGGUGAGAGCUCGAUUUAUCGUUCUUUCAAUUAAUGCUUGUAUCGUCGAUAUUUUCAAAUCCCAAAGUGAUUCGUGUCGCUUGUCGUUUGCCGCACUUAUUGGUGAGACCUGUUUUUCUCUUUGAAAAUGUUCGAUCGAGCUUUCACCGUAUAGGCUAUAUGCGAUACGUUAUUAUAUAACGUAGUAGUCGUACCGAAAAUUCUGUUUGCCGCAUAUCGAAUAUCGCGAUAAAAUUAUAAUAGUAAUGGAGACUUUUCUCUCUCUCUCCCUCUCCUUUCUUUCUCUCUCUCUCUCUCUCUCUCUCUCUCUCUCUCUCUCU